AUGGCCGCCUUGUCCGCCGCGCCGGCCACUGCCAACACCAUCACGCCGCCCAGCAGCAGUCACGGCAAUGGCAACCACGGUGCCUGGAACAGUUACGCGACGGGCGACACCGAGAAUCUGCAGAAAAGAUCUCUGGACAAGUCCGACCAUGCGAACCGAGCACCCCUGGCACAGAACGGCAACUCGGCCAACAUUUACGAAUACGGCUUCGAGCCCCUGCCGCCCCCGCGGAAGAAGGCAUCCAACGAUAACAUUUCCCUGACCAAGAGCAACAGGUCGUGGGAUAGGUCAAACCGUCGCGACCACGACACAUCGAAGAGCGGGCUGAGCGCUGCGGACGAUGUCUUUGAAGGAAGGAGCGGACCGGGCGAGAAGCGACCCACGAACGAGAUAACAGGCGUCACGGACGACGACAAGUGGAUCCACCGCGACAAAUUGGCCAAGAUUGAGAGUCAGGAGCUCCAGGCUGCCGGUAUCAUCUUGCCGAGGGUGCGCGCGAGCAGCAGACCCCGCAGGGGUCGUAGCGAGGAGAAGAUGAACGGGAGCUCCAAGCGGACCACGUCUGCUCCCCCGGACGAUGAGAUCCCUCUCCCGAGAUCGAGGAAAAGUUCCAUCUCGCCCGAGUACAGAGUCCCCGAGGACAAGAUGCCCGAGGAUACCCAUAGCUGGGAUCUGCGGCUGCCCGAGGAAAUUGAGAGCGACGAGGCCUACUGGGUCUCAAUGGCCGACAAGAAGAGCGGUUCCAAGAUCCCUGUGGCCAAGGCCAGCCCAGCCCCCAUCCCCGAGUUCUACCUGGAGAGGAACGCACCUUCCGGACGUAGGCGCAGCGGCGGUAGCGAGCUCGAGACGAUAGCCUAUCCAAAACCCCGACCGAGAAGCGGCAGCGCCAACACGCUCGGCGCCUCGUCGACUCUGCAGCCGGCGAAACGCAGCCAGACCGAUGUGUCUCCCCGGAAAGGCAGCGGCGGCCCCUCGGCCGCGGGCAGGAAGACGUCGACCCAGGUCAAGGCUGGCGGGAAAAGCAAAACACGUGGCGGCAAGGACUCGACGGGCAGCAUAUCCGGAAUCCGACCAACUACGAGGUCCGGGGAUCUCUCGCCCGGCGCCAAGAGGCCGGAGGGUGACCCGCCAUGGAUGGUUGGAUCCUACCGCCCUGAUCCACGUCUUCCCCCCGAACAACAACUCCUUCCCACCGUCGCCAAACGAUUGCAACAGGAGCAAUGGGAAAGAGAGGGCAAGUAUGGCAGUAUAUACGACAAGGAGUUUCGCCCGCUCACUGCGGACGGCCUGCUCAUGCCGCCCGAAGCCGGAUCGAGCACUAUGGCCCCCGAGGAGGAGAAGCAGCAACAACAUGAUGACAUCAAGCAGAGCACCUCGUACUCGACCAUGCCCAAGAUCUCCGACAAGCCGCAGACCAGCCCGCUGCCAAGCCCCCGCGGUCCCCUGAGUCCGAUGAUGCCGCCGCCGCCGCAGCAGCCUGCCGAAACCCAGACCGUCACCCGCGUACCCGACCACUCUUCUGCCGCCGACAUGUCCAUGAGCGGUGAAAAGAAGAAGAAGAGCGGGGGUUGUGGCUGCUGUAUCGUCAUGUAA